AGGUUAUCUCACGUCGACGAGAUAACCUGCGUUUAUGGGUGUUGCUGUGCAAGUUUGCUGUUCUCCAGUAUAACACCGAGCGGCUUUUGGCCAAAUGUUGGUCCUAAAGGUUUUGUAAACUACGUGGAUCAUGCCGGAUAUGCCAUGCUUACGACAUCGCGCUGAGUUUUAAGAACGUAACACCAUGUCGACGUGGAAGGCUUCCAUGUCCACUGACAUUCGGGUAUCCAAUCUGGGACCCAGUGGAGACGACGACUGGGAAACGGAUCCUGAUUUCGUGAACGAUGUGACGGAGGAGGAACAGAGAUGGGGCUCAAAGACCGUCGAAGGAUCUGGACACGUGGCUGAAAGCGUCAACAUACAGGAGCUACGAGAGCAAGUGACAAAGGACGACGCGGCAUACAAAAAGAAAGUUCUCGAAGAGCUUCCAAAAGCGUCCUAUGGUUACGGGGGGAAGUUUGGACUCCAGAAAGAUCGGAUGGAUAAAUCCGCUGUCGGGAACGACUACGUCGCCACUGUACACAAGCAUGCUUCGCAGACGGAUGCGGUGAAGGGCUUUGGCGGUAAAUUCGGGGUGCAAACUGACCGACAGGACAAGUCUGCAGUUGGAUGGGAAUAUCAUGAGAGUCUUCAGAAGCAUGCCUCACAGAAAGAUUACAGCAGUGGCUUCGGCGGCAAGUACGGCGUCCAAAAAGAACGCCAAGACAAAUCCGCCGUCGGCUGGGAAUUCCACGAAAAGACGCAGAAGCAUGCUUCUCAGACAGAUUAUGCUGUUGGCUUUGGUGGUAAGUUUGGCGUGCAGAAGGACCGCCAGGACAGUGCUGCUCACGGCUGGGACCACAUAGAGAAGGUGGAGAAGCACGAGUCACAGAAAGACUACGCUGUCGGUUUUGGCGGUAAGUUUGGUGUUCAGAAGGACCGCCAGGACGACUCUGCUCAUGGAUGGGACCACGUAGAGAAGGUGGAGAAGCAUGAGUCGCAGAAAGAUUAUGCCAAGGGCUUUGGCGGCAAAUUCGGAGUUCAGGAGGACCGCAAGGACAAGUGUGCCCACGGGUGGGAGGAGGUGACGAAACCAGAGGCUCAUCCUUCUCAGGUCGACAUGAAAAAGGGAUUCGGAGGCAAAUUUGGGAUCGAGACUAACAAGCAGGACAAGUCGGCAUUUGGCUUUUCAGAAGUUGAAAAACCGAAACCAGCAUAUCAGAAGCCAAAACCAGAUGUGGAGGUGUCUUCGGAGCGUGCAAAGAGCUUGAGAGCACGGUUUGAGAACAUGGCAAAAGCUGGGGAAGAGGAGGCCAAGAAACUGGCAGAUGAGGAACGCAAGAAGCGAGAGGAGAAAGAUAAGAGGGAGAAAGAGGCUGCCAAGCGAGAUGAAGAGCAACGGCAGCGCAAGUUACGCGAGGAGCACAAGCGCAUAGAAGCUCUGGAAGCGGAGCAGGCAGCAUCUCGUAAGGACGAGGAUGAAGAGACGCCGAGGGACCACAAGACAGCUCAGCCAGAGGAGAGGCAUGAGGAAGAACAACUCAUCCGACCGGGCACGCGUAAAGACCAUUCCAGGGUAUCGGUGAUCCCGAGGGAACUGGUGGUCGCCCCCAAGAAGGAAAGCAGCCCCGACGUGUCUCCGCAGGAAGAAAUCGCCGCUCCUACACCCACUCCGGUGACGAAAGAGACCCCUGCUGCUGUCCCCCCUACUGCACGUAUGGCUGCCCCUGCAGCUGUCCCUGCAGCUGUCCUGCAGCAAGGCUCAGAUGAAGAUAACGUCUACGAAGUCGUGUCCGCACCAAAAGAAGAGCCAAAAAAAGUUGUGCCACAGAUCCAUCAGUCGCCCGUGGAGUCGGACUCAAGUCCAGAAUCAGCACCAGGUGAAGCCCAGGAGGAAGACCUCUAUGAGGUUUUGGAACCGGCAACGUCCAAGAUAUCGGCAGUGGCCCUUUACGACUAUCAGGCUGCUGACUACGACGAAAUAUCCUUUGAUCCUGACGACAUCAUUACAGACAUCGAAGCUAUCGACGAAGGAUGGUGGCGUGGAAAAUGCCACGGCAAGGUGGGUCUCUUCCCGGCCAACUACGUUCAGCCGCUCUUCUAGCAAUCGUCGACUCCCCCAACUCUUGCUCACGAGGCUCACAGGAACAAAUGUGGAACCCACGCAACGCAGCAGACGACGACCUAUCCUCGCAGGGUCUGUGGAUUCCAAGCCAACUUCCGAGUCGACUUCGUUGCCGCGAGGUGGUUACAAGUAUGCCAAACGCACUAACACGUCACGGGUGCAGCGAUUGUGUCUUGUCAUUUAUAUUCCUAACCUUCGUUACCCCCUUGAUUCAGCGGUUCUGUCGGGUAACACUCGCUGAAAAUUUAUAUAUCGUACUUGUAAAACAGAUUUUUUUUAACGCAUAGUGGUUGUACAUCUGCAAUGACUGCCUCUGUACAUUUUUACGUGCCUUCGUUACAUCGUCUGGCUGAUGGCAUUAUUUGAUUGCAUUACUAAGCGAGAAAUAGAACACACCAUAUUUUACUUGCGAUAUUCAGUCUAUUAUACAUCCGGCUCGGUUUUCUAUGACACACGGUCCUAUCAACGUCCUAACAACGUCCUAUCAACGUCCUAACAACGUCCUAUCAACGUCCUAACAUGUUGGUCAAUGUCCUAACAACGUCCUAUCACGUUUCUUUGUCGGACGUCCAGAGGAUCACCAGUCGUGGAAAAACCAGCUGUGCUUUGUUCUAAUAAAUAUGGUGAUUAAGUAUUGUUAUGCAUCUCAAAGCAAGUCAUAUUGCUACGACGCUACUGUCUAUAAUCUUCCAUAUUGUACAAUGAUGAGCCAAGGACAAUUGAGAUUUGUACACAAAUAUCAUAACUGCGCCACAAAGCUAGUAGCGAAGUAUACUGAAGGCGAUUAGUGCCGUGCAUUAUUGAUCAAGCAUAUGUUUAUCACCAUUUUGCUCUGGUGUAUGCAAUAUGUAUUUUGUAAUACAAUUGAUAUACACACGAAUGACAUUGUGUACAUUGAAUGCUACCUUCAUUGUAAACAUUGUUUACACUUUACUUUCCUUUAGCACAGUACUUAAGGUUAAGGACAUACUGAUCAGUUGUGAUAAAGGCCUUGGUUGUCUUGCAAAUCAAGUUUGUGAUGUUGGUUGCCAUUGACACCUGCCGCAACGACACCGAAUAUCGUCUGAAUGUACAAAUAGUGUCCUGACGGACUUGUGACAUCCUAUGGAUAUCUUAGGGAUAUCCGUCGGACGUACAUUCGUUACAUUAUUAUGCGGACAUUAUUCGUACAUCCAGAGGAUAUUCGGUGUUGUUGGGGUGUUGAUUAUGCCAUGUACUGGUUUGUAUUGAAUGUACAGGGUCUCCAGGGGCAAACUUUAAACCUGUUUCUGUGUCUUCCACGAUGAUUGCUUGGCUUGCAGCAGUCAGGAAGACAUAUUUUCUGCUUUAAUGCCAGCAGCGAUAACCUGGAAUUAGCCCCCUUUGUUUUGUAGCGUAAUUGGGACGAGGCUAUCUUCUGUGCUCAAAAAAUAUCCGUCAAUCAGUCACUAGGCACAGAAACUGCAUGCGUGUCGAUGCAGUUGAAAAUCUCUUUUGCUAGUGAACUCACCUACAUGUUUCAGACAACAUCAGAGAUAAUGGAAGCACGACAUUUUUUUUCUUAAAAAGGGGGCAACUGUUUCUUAGCCCUGUAAUAUAGCUCAAUAUUUGUGGUUCCUUAAUAAUGAAUAUUUGUUCUUGGGAAUAUUUGUUUUUUCUUUGCAGUGUGGGAAAGAUAUAAGGAUAAAGGAUAAAUUAACAAUACGAUAACGAUGAACGAUAUAACGCAUGAUUAUAUGAUGUAGCGUAAGACAAUGCCACAGCAAAGCAGCUUCAUCAUCUGUUUCAGACACCAUUGUGAAGUAUUGAGUAGCAGUGACAAGUUGUGGGCACUCCUUGCAGAAAUUCUAGAAGUGGUUACCUUGAGAGGCUGCUCUUAAUCCUUACAAUUCACGUUGUGAAGGAAUUGUGUCUUUUUCUUUUUUUUUUUUUAUAGUCUGAUUAUUAUGAUGUGAACAUGACAUAUGCAGUACUUGAACUGCAGUGAAGUUUAUCUGGGGACAUCUACAUAAUUUUCCAGGGUUAGACAUAUAGAGCUGCAUAUUUUGUUUUUGUAACGGUGUACUUUUUAUUACCAUUUUUAGCAUUUGUGUCUUCUGAUGCGAAAUCGAGAGCUUUCUUUCUCUUUUUUUUUCUGGCUGUGAUCUAAGAGUUCUACAAAAAAAGAUAUUGUAUUAAAAAUAACCAGCUACGUCUGAAAAAGCCACACAUGCAUUUGUGCACUGUUCGAGUUUCUUUCGCAUAUGUACACAAACACGUUGGCAAUAGCUGUAACUAUAUAAGUUGAAAUAAAAUUUAUAUGUUACCACGAC